UUUCAUUUGGGAGAGCCCCCCGUUGCCAAAUGUCAACAUUUCAAGGCGGGGCUUGGGGUGAGCAAUACAAGUUUUUCCAACAUCUACUAGAGCUCAUCUGAUAUCGGUGGUUGACAUCUUCUGAAAAAAAGAGAAGAUAUUUAUAAGUAUUUUUCAAGAAAAACACGUCCCGCCUACGGAAAAAACACACAUAUUCGCGCUUCACGAAUCUGAAUUCGGCGGAGCUCAUUAGUUUUGGUGAGCUCACUAUCAGAGGUAGAAGUCAUCUGAUAUUUCUAUCUGCUUUUUGCUGUAUUUCUGUCAUUUUCAACAAACAAAAAGUUUGGGAUACUGUAUUAUAAAUUCUGGAAAUGAUCAAUACCACGAUGCAAAGCGAGGAAUAUCUCAAUGCCGAUGUCUCAAAAUGGGUCGAAAAAUUCAGACGUGAGCAUGGUGGUGAUGACUCAGCACUUCUCACAUUGGUACCUCCAGGACUUUAUGUGACUCUCAACAAAUAUGUUUUCCCAUUUCAAUUCUGCUUUGGAGUUAUUGGAAAUGUGCUUAAUUUAUGUGUGCUUCUGAGUAGGAAUAUGAGAAAUGAAGCAAACAUUCUUCUCUCGGCAAUGGCAAUCUGUGAUAUCAUUUUGCUUGUCACAAUGCUUCCAAAUUCACUCGGUGUCUGGUAUCCAAUGUACAUGUCCGAUUGGUUCAGAAAAUUCAUAUUCAAUUCAAAUACUUGGACAAUUUUUCUGGCAAACUUUUGCUCUUGCAUCACCAGUUGGCUCAUUUUGGCGGUAUCCGUGGAAAGGUACAUGGGAAUUCGUUCACCAAUUCAUUUCCGAUAUCAUUGGCGUACAGCUCGUGUGUUUUAUCUGAUCUUUUCAAUAAUUCUGGGUUCAUUUCUCCUCACUUUCUUCCAUACAUUUGAGUAUAAAUAUGGUUAUGCAAUGAUUCGUAAUGGUACAAAGUUGUAUGGAUCACCGGUUAAUGUUGACAAGCUCGUUGAUGUUCCAACAUGGGUAAAGACAAUGAUUAAAACCUUCAAAAUUCUGCAAGUGGUUGUUGGUGUUGUUCUUCCAACAAUUGGAAUCUUUAUCUUCAAUAUGCUCAUUGUUCUCAUGCUCCGCAAAUCUGAGUACUUCAAUUUUCGAUCAGCAGAAACAAAGGAUGAAAACUCAAAUCGCAAAUACUCGGAUUUGGAGAUUCGCCAAAAGCGUGACAUCAAAGUGACAUUCACUGUCUUGGCUAUCAUCUGCUGCUACUUCGUGACUCAUAUUCCAUCGGUCAUUCCAUUUGUGAUAGAGCUUUUCAACUAUCAUCCAGACUGGGUUAAAGUCUACGCAAUUCCUAUUUCUGGAUCCUGGUUGAUCACUGGAAAGGUAGCCAACUUCGUUCUCUUCUGUAUGUCAUCCGUCUACUUCCGUCGCCGUCUCCGUGAUUUGAUUCGUGGCCGAGUAAGUUGUGGAAUCUCUUUUCUCUUUGAUUGUGGACUCUUCGACAAAACUGAACAAAAACCAAUUCAAAGUUCGACAUGUGUGGUGCCAAAAAGAAGUUCAGUGGUGUCUCUAGCGCACAAUCAAUUAAAAGUCAAGCUUACAGACUCACCAGAUUCCGGGAUCGGGACGACAUCCAGAGACAAAGCAGUUGUUUGACUCAAGUCGAGUAAAUAAUUAGAACACAGUGAGACAUAUCUUAUCUAUCAGUAUCUCCUGUAAACGUACAUAAUUCUAACUUCCAGUCGAAACCACAUGUAUCCCCAAUCUCAUUUUCGUCUCAACCAAUUCCUACCCUUUGUCUAUUUCUCUUCUACUUGUUUAACUGACGGGUAACAUCAAUUGUAACCAUCCAUCUCUCCUAUACAGUCUUUUUCUCAAAUCACACAAAAAUUCUCAAAAUCUCAGGAUCUACAAUACCCAGUUUUUCUAAACAAUCUAAUAUUAAAGUUAGUAAAUACACAGUAAAAUGAUCUAAGCACCAUUUUGAUAUGAUAUUUCACAAAUUCGACCAAUGUCAUAGUUUUUACUGUUUCGUGACAUCUAUCUAAUUAUUUCACACUAACCCAUUUGAUCCCAUUUCGAAUUGUGGAAUGCGUGUUUUAUUAAGGAUUACAUCGAAAAUCUCAUUGUCAAUUCAUAAUCGAUUCUUAUUCAUAAUAUAAUAUUCUUCCAUGCAUCUCCCAUUUCAAUUUGAUCUCAUCUCCUUUCAGAGCAUUUUCAAAUAAUUCUAACCUUCUCAAAACCAUAUGUUUCCUGUACUCCCAGAUGUCCAAAAAUCUUUUUUUUUUGUCUGUUUCCGUGUUUCCACAGGUUUCUCAAUUGUUCACAUCUGUUGGCGAUUAUGUUUCUUUUUUUCUAUCGCCGUUUAAUUCUUGUACUGUUCAAAUUUACAUAAUCUAUGAUGAAUG